AUGGACUCGCUCACGACCCACCCGUCGAACGCGCAGCAGGCUCGAGCCUUCACCUCGCCUUCCUCGCUCUCCUUCCCGGGCGGCGCCGGUGAUCUCACCCCGCCCUCCUCGGAGAAAGAGGCUCAGGCGAUGAAUGGUCAGCAGACCAAUGGUCAACAGCCGGCUGGAGGAAAUGCCGUCAACGGCAACGGGGUGACGCCCGCGACUCCGGCUGCGACGCCUGGAGCCACCCAGAAUAGCAGUGGCAUUGUGCCCACUUUGCAGAACAUCGUGGCCACGGUCAACCUGGACUGCCGUCUCGACCUGAAGACCAUCGCACUGCAUGCACGCAAUGCCGAGUACAAUCCAAAGCGUUUCGCCGCCGUCAUCAUGCGUAUCCGAGAGCCCAAGACCACCGCACUGAUCUUUGCCUCGGGCAAGAUGGUCGUCACCGGUGCCAAGUCUGAGGAUGACUCGAAGCUGGCGUCCCGAAAGUAUGCGCGUAUCAUCCAGAAGCUGGGUUUCAACGCCAAGUUCACGGACUUCAAGAUCCAGAACAUUGUGGGCUCCUGCGAUAUCAAGUUCCCUAUCCGUCUGGAGGGUCUGGCCUCUCGUCACCACAACUUCAGCUCCUACGAGCCUGAACUGUUCCCGGGUCUCAUCUACCGUAUGAUGAAGCCCAAGAUUGUGCUCUUGAUCUUCGUUAGCGGCAAGAUUGUCUUGACUGGUGCCAAAGUGCGUGAGGAGAUCUACUCCGCUUUCGAGUUGAUCUAUCCUGUGCUCUCUGACUUCCGCAAGGUUUAA